AUGAUGAUGAUGUCAGCUCCAUCUUCAUCGUUCCAUGAUUAUUUGACGAUAAAUGAUCCCUUGCCCAAAACUGAGUCAUUAUCACCGAUACAAACAAAUGAAGAUGACUUUAAUGAACCGUUAGAUAAUAGAAAUCAGAAUCGUAAGAGAAGUUCAACUGUAAAACGACCAAUGAAUGCAUUUCUAUUAUGGGCCCGAGGUGAACGAAAACGAGUAUCCAGUGAUGGCUACGGUGUCAGUCAAACAUCAUUGAGUAAACUUUUAGGGGAAACAUGGCGACAUAUGUCCGUCGAAGACAAACAGCCAUUCUUAGAUAUGGCUGAAACAUUGAAAAGACAACAUCACAUUGAUCAUCCCGACUAUCAGUUCAAACCGAAACAACGCUCGUCCAUUUCUAAUAGAACAAUAACCAAGAAUCAUUAUCUACCUGUUCCUCAACGACAAUCGUCAAACAUGAAUUCAUCAUCACCAUUAUCAUCAUCAGAUUUUAUGCAAGAGCAACAACAAAUUUUAUCAUUAGCAUCAACAUCUGAUGCUACUCCUCAUUUUGUACAAUCAUCUGUGUUAGCCAUGUGUCAAGCUAUUGCUCCACCAGGAUCAUCGUCGUCAUGGUUGUCGUUAUCACUCGAUGCUAAUAGUAGUUGGUUUUCAAAACUUAUCGAUCAACCUCAACCUGUUAUUGUGACACCUCCACCUCGAACACAUACAUCUCCAAUGUCAUCACGUCGUGCUGUUCGUAUACAAAUUAUAAAUAAACAUGAUGAUAUUGCUGUAACAUCACCAACAUUAUUACCAAUGACACCUUCGCCAUUAUCAUCAUCAUCAUCAUCAUCAAUCGUUUUCGAUGAAUCAUCACCAACAUUAAUCGAUUAUCUUUCAAAUACUAAUAGUAUGUUUAAUAUCCCUGGUAAUCAACAUGAAUUAAUACCACUUAUAGAUGAAACAACUGCAUAUGAAAUAUUACAUGAUUCAUCGAGUAGUCAUUUAAUGGACCUCGAUCACCCUUAUGAUAAUAGUGGCUGGAUCGAUACACCUUUAUCCAAUUUAGGUAGCAAUUCUACUGAUAUAAUUUCAACAUCGCCAUAUUCAUCUUAUGACUUUUUAUCUCUUUGA